AUGAAAGGGACACCACAGCAGCCCAUCGGUGAUAACCUACUGACCCCACCGACCACUGGCCGUAGGCGACACAGUUGGACGUAUGGGAGUCCGGGUGACAGUCCUUUUGAACAAUCACCCAAUGAUUGGCUGCCGUCUGCGCUCAACAGUCCGGUCACACCUGAGUCCACACCCGGCCGUCCAAACAGUCCGGUCACUCCAGAGGCACAGGUAUUGGGAGCCACAGGCGGUGAACCGCUAGCCGAGACACUAACCGGUCCGCCACGACAUGUGCCCACCGGCAGAACACCCCGUCACCGGUAUAUUGAGCCCCCUAUCCGGCGACUGGACGCGUUGUAUAUGAAAAUGCCCGACGGAUACCCUAUGGCAGGUCAGGCCAACACCAUAUCGGGUGAGCUAUACCUGAGUAGCGGCGCUGAGUCGGCGCGAGGAUUACGGGACAAAACGGUCAGAGAUUUGGCUACACUAGAGGGCAAAGGCUUUACCAUACAGUUUGAUAGGGGCUCGGAGAUAGGCGAGGGCUUUUUCAGCAAGGUGUUCCGGGGGACAUACAAUGAACAGAUCUCUAAUGUUGGUGAAAGACAGGGCCGACACCUGGAUGUAAAUACGGGUACAGAGUUUGCCGCCAAAUACGUAGAGUUGGCGCCCAAUAGCGAAAGGGAACGGUAUCUCUACCACGAGUGCGAAAAGCGUACACUCAGAUCACUCAGGCAUCCAAACAUUGUCUCCUAUAGAGUGGCCAUUAAUUUAGGCCAACGAGUAAUACUUCGCAACGUAUCGGACACCGAGUGCGGCGAUAUUGUCACCUAUAGGCGCAUGUUUUUGAUCAUGGACUACGCCGACCAGGGUACUUUGUACCAGUUUGGUAUGAAGGGUAUGCUUACCGAUUAUCUAACGGUGCAAUUCACGCGUGAGUUGAGCUCAGCUAUGGCUUAUAUGCACGACAAUGGGGUCGUCCAUCAGGACUGUCACACAAAGAACGUACUGGUGUUCAGCGCACCCGACAGUGAGUAUACGGCCAAAUGGAUUGACUUUGGUCUGAGUGUGUCAUGGUCAGUGUACGGCCAAUUGGGCGUGGUGAUUUCUGCCCAGGAU